AUGGACAGCGGUAGGAGUGCCAGAGCGGGAACGGGAACGGGAACGGGAACGGGAACGGGAACGGGAACGGGAACGGGAACGGGAACGGGAACGGGAACGGGAACGGGAACGGGAACGGGAACGGGAACGGGAACGGGAACGGGAACGGGAACGGGAACGGGAACGGGAACGGGAACGGGAACGGGAACGGGAACGGGAAAGGGAACGGGAACGGGAACGGGAACGGGAACGGGAACGGGAACGGGAACGGGAACGGGAACGGGAACGGGAACGGGAACGGGAACGGGAACGGUAACGGGAACGGGAACGGGAACGGGAACGGGAACGGGAACGGGAACGGGAACGGGAACGGGAACGGGAACGGGAACGGGAACGGGAACGGGAACGGGAACGGGAACGGGAACGGGAACGGGAACGGGAACGGGAACGGGAACGGGAACGGGAACGGGAACGGGAACGGGAACGGGAACGGGAACGGGAACGGGAACGGGAACGGGAACGGGAACGGGCGCGGUGUAUUUAUACUGUUCUAAAACUACGCGCUUCCUACUAGGAUGA